AUGAGUUGCGUCGCUCGAUGGUGCUGCUGAAGUUUUCAAGAUGUCGUCGCUGGAGCAGAGACUCUCCCGAAUCGAGGAGAAACUCAAGCAGGAAAAUAAAGAAGCCCGCAAACGAAUCGACCUGAACAUCGACAUGAGCCCGCAGCGGACGCGUCCGAGGCCAAUCAUCGUGAUCCAGCUCAGUCCAGCUCCAGCCCCCUCCCAGCGCGCAGCCCUACAGUUGCCAUUGGCCAACGAUGGAGGAAGUCGCUCAUCCUCUUCAGAAAGCUCUCCUCAACACCCCUCGUACCCCAGCAGACCCCGACAAAUGCUAACGCUUCCCACUCCAACAUACAGCCUACAGAAGAGCCUGGAGAAUGCUGAAAUUGACCAGAAAUUGCAGGAAAUCAUGAAACAAACAGGAUAUCUGAAGAUUGACGGACAGCGUUACCCUGCAGAGGUGGCGGAUCUGAUCAGUGAGGGGGAGAUCGGCAGUGGAACCUGUGGACAGGUGUUUAAAGUUCGCUUUGAGAAGACUGGCCAUGUCAUCGCAGUUAAGCAAAUGAGGAGGACGGGUAAUAAAGAUGAGAAUAAGAGAAUCCUCAUGGAUCUAGAUGUUGUGUUGAAGAGUCAUGACUGUCCGUACAUCAUUCAGUGCUAUGGAGCAAUCGUCACCAAUACUGAUGUGUUCAUCGCCAUGGAACUAAUGGGGACGUGUGCAGAGAAGCUGAAGAAGCGGAUCCAGGGGCCCAUACCAGAAGCCAUUCUGGGAAAGAUGACCGUGGCCAUUGUAAAGGCUCUGCUGUAUCUAAAAGAGAAACAUGGUGUCAUUCACCGAGACGUGAAGCCAUCUAAUAUCCUGUUGGAUGACAAAGGGCAGAUCAAACUGUGUGAUUUUGGCAUUAGUGGCCGACUGGUAGAUUCUAAGGCCAAAACUCGCAGCGCCGGCUGUGCAGCAUACAUGGCACCUGAGAGAAUAGACCCUCCAGACCCCAGUAAGCCUGACUAUGACAUCAGAGCUGACGUCUGGAGUCUUGGUAUUUCUCUGGUGGAGCUAGCCACGGGACAGUUUCCUUACAAGAACUGCAAGACAGACUUUGAGGUUCUCACCAAAGUUCUGCAAGAGGACCCACCGGUCCUUCCUCUCGGCAUGGGCUUCUCCCCUGACUUCCAGUCCUUCGUCAAAGACUGCCUCACAAAGGAUCACAGAAAAAGGCCAAAAUACCACAAGCUGCUUGAACACAGUUUUAUCCGUCGUUAUGAAGUGUCAGAAGUACACGUGGCGGGCUGGUUCCAGACGGUGAUGGAGCGCACAGAGUCUCCUCGCAGCAGCCAGUGCUUCAACCAUCACCAGCUCCACUCUCUCUUCAGCAGGUAGCCAGGCGGAGACGGAGAGAAACGGAGAGAGGUCGGGAGAGAAAGAAUGAUACGAUUUUUGAGAGGUUGAUUUAAAGAGACAGGUGGACAGGCUUGAAAUAUAAAUUCUGUAAAUGAAAAAGACAGGAUGGAGUGGCAAUGGACCGUUUGAGAGAGAGAUGUGGCUGAAAAAAAGAGAGAAUGUUCAUUUGGGAGUUUGACUGAUCGACAGACAAUCCUGGGCAGAUUUGAUGUAAAUCUGAAAUUUUUUUGACCUUUUCAUCCACCCAUCGAACAGGAUGGACCAUUGCAGUCUAACACGGUCACUGUGGCACACACAUACAUUUACAGUAACACACUGUUUCACUAAACCACGAUCACUGACAGCCGUAUAAAGGUUAGCCGCAAGAGUAAGUGUACAGUCUGCUCACUUAAAAAUCCAAAACCUCCGUAGCCCCUUACUCAGGGACUGAACAGAGUAGUCGAACAACACUGUGCAAUGGUGUGUUUGUGCGUCUGUGUGUGUGUGUAAUCCGUUUAUCAGUUCUAGCUCUUCACUUUCCUGUACAGUUCAAGUACACUUAGCCAUUAGGCAAAUCUAAGUGAAUAGAAAUUAGUGAGAUAAUAGCUGUGUGAUAUAUGUUUUAUAGAAGUGUUCUUUUGCUAGCAAGCAUCAGCAAAUAUUUUGGUAAAUGUGUACUUAAAAGAGUUAGUGAUUCUUAAUCGCAGAGUUUCUAAUCCUUGGUGUUUAGCUUGUUAUAACUAGUUUGGUCUGAAAUGUCAUGUAUUGAAAACAGACAUAUUGGCUAAGACAGAAGGUUGUAUAUUAAGAUAAAACUAGUGAUUGACCGAUAGGAUGAAGUGUGUAUCCCAAUUUAAUAUGAUGAGACAACUAUAAAUGAGCAGUUUUUGUUUGUUUGAGAAGACUGACUCAGCGACACUGGUUAAACAAAUCGUGUAAAUUUGGGGCGGGACUAUCUGCUUUGUCUGAAAAAUGACAGAUGGUGAAAAUGUUCUUAUACUGAUGGUGUUUGUGUAAUUCCGUUAUGCUAGUCAUUCAGAAAUUACACACUUCACUUUCAUUGGCUGAUGAUGACAUCUGCUUCUGUUCAUUUGGCCAAUGGCGAUAAUCUCAAAAAGGCCAAAUAUUGGACUAUGUAUCGGUCUAUCACUAGAUAAAACACAAAAAAAUUAGCCCAGAAUGUGUAAAGUCAUACACAGUGCACACCUCAGGAAGACAAGUGUUAGAAAAGGGUAUUUUAACAAGAUUUAGCUGUGUGCUUCAGUCUUAGAAUGUGAGGAAGAAACGGUAAUCAAGUCACCAAAAGCAUAGAUGAGAGAUGUUGUCAUAGUCACUCAGAGUGCUGUAGAGAGACGAGUGGGGGGUUGGAGUUUCUGCUGUGAGAUUAGUUCGGUUCGAGCAUUUUCUCCACAAGAAUGAAAAAGUGAGUGGAACAUUUCUGCUCUGAUUCACCCGACUCAUUUACCCAGACAACCGUUCAUCAUUUCAUUCUCUUUACCAUUCUCUUUUUCCCAUGAUCAUUUGAGUUCCUCCAAACCAAAGGUUGUUUUUUUUGACAGCACUACUUUUUUUCCGCCAAGCUGUUGUUCUCAGAGGAUUUCGGCACCUGCUCGUGGGUUGUGCUGAAGAUGUUCAGCGACUUUCACAACCAAAGCUGUAGAGUUUGAGAUUCACUGCUUUAAAAAGCCAAAAUCACUGCUAGACUGUGUGAGUAAGAGUGUGGGAAGAAAAAGAAAAUAUGAUAAAGAUGGUAAUGGUACGUUGAGACAGGAAGUAUGGUGAUAUAUAAGGGAUUGAAGAAAGUAAUGGAUGUAGCAGAGGAAAUAUCGGGAUGGGAUGGGAGUGGAAAAUUGGAGGAAGGCAUAUAGAAAGUAUUAAAGAAAGUCUCCAGUGAAGUCUUACAGAAAGUAUUGGCUCAUUUUUAGAGGCUGGCAGUUAAAAGGUGUUGGUUGUUUUCUAGAUCAUCGUGUUGAGCUAGCUGGAUGUUGCAUAAAAGCUUUCAAUUGUUUUGAACCAAUGUACCAAUUUUUUUUUUUUUUUUUUUGGGGGGGGGGGGGGGGGUAGUUAAUUAGUUUGUGUUAUGCAUCUUACUGUUUUUCAUUGUCCUUGAAACCUUGUUUGUUAUUAUCUGCUAUUAUUAUUAUAUUUAUUUAUUAUCUUACUUGCUGCUACUGUUUACUUUAGAUGCUGCUGUCGAUGAUUAUAUUCCCCAAAGGAAAAUCCUUUUUUUUUUUUUAUUCUGAACCAAAUGCAUAAAACACUGCAAUGUCUACACAUUUACCAAAUAAUUACUUGUAAAAUGCAUAAUGUCAUCCUUUAAGAGGCAAAGAGAAAUCAAGCAAGGAAGUGAAGAAAAUUGAGAAUAUAUAGACCUAUAUCUAUAUCUAGUUUUAUUGUUGAAAUACUCCACUAUGCCAACCUCACACAAACAUCACCGCUCACUGUAGGCAACUAAUAAGAAUGACUUCCAGUUAUUUGUACAAAAUAAUAGACACCGGCUGGUAAUAUCUAUAUAUAUUUGAGCUAGAUUUCCUUUGUUACACCAUGUAGCUCACGCUGACAGAUAUUUUUGUAAUCGUCCUCCUGUGUCCGUCCUGCGGUGGAUGAAUUCAUGAGUUUUAUUCUAAUCAAACUCAUCAGUUGUAAUAUUUUGUCUCUUUUGGUUGAGCUAUUGUUAAUUUGAUUAUUCAGUUAAAGCUGCAGUAGGUAACUUUUGUAAAAAUAUAUUUUUUUACAUAUUUGUUAAACCUGUCAUUAUGUCCUGACAGUAGAAUAUGAGACAGAUAAUCUGUGAAAAAAUCAAGCUCCUCCCAGUGGUCCUAUUGCCAUUUGCAGAAAUACACUGCUCCCGGUAAGGAACAACCAAAGCUGCGGUCCGUAACUUUGUUUGUGUUCAAAAUGUAGAAAAAUGUAUAUAAUAAGCGAGUACAACAAAAAAUCAAUUUUCCAAACCGUGUUUUUAGCUUGUCCUGAAUCACUAGGGUACACCUAUAAUAAGUGUUUAUUUUCGGACUAUUUUAGAUUGCUUCGGGGGUACCGCGGCGGAGUAACCCAGUACCUUUGUGAUUCUUCAUAGACAUAAACAGAGAGAAGUAGAUCCAGCUACGAUGUUCUUCCGCAAGACACAAGUUCUGUUUAUUAACCGCUAGAGCGUUAAAAGUUACCUACCGCAGCUUUAACACAUUUUUAGCCUCAAAUUCAGCGGUUUGCAAAUUCCUUUGGGGCCUGAUCAUGAUAGCCAUUUUGUAUUAGUUUUUCAAUUAAUUGGAUUCGACAAAUCAAUCAGAAGAUCAGAAAAUGUCAAAUGCCUAAUUUUUCCUAACACUAUAUUCAACAUAGAGCUGUAACUAUUUACCUCCCAAUAGUUUCUUCACUUUUUUCAGAUGCCAAAUAGAAUUUCUAACAGGAUUCUUGCUGUCAACAUAACAUUGGUUUCCGGUUUGGUGUUGAUGUUCAUCACAAAUACUGUGGUGCCUGGCUGUCUGUCUGUCCGUCAUUCUCUCAGUAGACCUUAUAGAUAGGACUGCAGCAUUACACACCAAAGGUGUCAUCAAUAAAACAGAUUCAAACCAUCAUUAGGAUGAUUAUUGUUAUACUAGAUGAUGCUGGAUUGUUAUUUCUGAGGACCUCGAAUGAGGGAUAUAAAGCUUCAUGGAUGUAAUUUCCUGUGAGACAGUGGCGGGUCACUCUUCACUGUUGGGGUUUUAUUUUGCUCACACAUACACACGCCUCUAUGGAAAUAUGAUCUGAGAUGCUAAUCUAUAUGGUUUAUGCUUGGUUUAAAGUGGACUUCCAUUCACUGUUUUCUGGCACUAUUCUAAUUUGUUUUUUUUUAUUUGUAAUUAUUCUUUUUUUAUUUGCUUUUAAUCGAUUCAGAUAUCAAAGCAUCAGUUCUUUAUGUGUGUGUGUUUUUUUGAUUUUCUGAAAAAGGCAUUUCUGUGAAUAGGACAGAGAUAUUGAACCCAUUUCUGCUGAUGGUAGUCGUACACGCUCCGAACACAAACUAAACCAGUCCAUGCUGCUUUUUUGUUAGUUUGUUUGUCAACUAUGUGUGUGUUUGUUGCAGCAUCACUGUUAUUUUUGUAGUAUGUGCUCAGGCCUGUACUUUGCCGUCAUGUUGUGUGAGUCUUUAUUGCUUUCUAGAAUUGUUGUUAUUGUUAUUAAUUUGUUAAAUUAUCAUGUUGCCCCAUCUGUAAUUAAACCAAAUACUCACUAUGCAGUCACUCAAAUCAAGUCCGUUUGCGUUUUUCCCCGGAACUUCCUGUAUAAACACAUGCAACUACUGGAGUCUCCAUGACGAGCGAGUGAAUAUCAGAUCCUCAGCUAGAACAGAGAGAGAAUUUACGAUCAAUAGAGUGUUUUUUUUUUUUUUUUUUUUUUUUUUUAAUGAGCUUAUAUAUUUAAGGAUUGUACUGGGAUGGGGUGGGUGGGAGGUGUUUGGGGACAGAUUCGAGGGGUUGGUAGUUUGGAGAAAUAGUUUGUCCAGUGCUGUAAGUAUAUCAAUUGCAUGUUAUGAUCUCUGAAGUAACUGCCAUUGAUUUCACAUUUUGUUUUGGUUUGGAAGGGGGAGCGGAUACAUAAAUAUUGUAUCUUUAUUUAUGAGCUAUAGAAAAAUACUGUACGUUUUUCCAAAACACUUUUUUUUUUUUUUUUUUUUUUGGAAAAAGACACACUUUUGCCUUUUUAUGUCUGACUUUUUGAUCUUAAUAUGCAUUAUAGAAUUUUUACUUUUAUCAUUGUUGGCUGAUUUAAAGCUGUUAAUGAUAUUGUGUUGUUUGUAUUGAUUCUUGACCUUUUGUUCAUUUUUCUUCCAUGUUGUAUUUGUGUUCCAUUGAUCUAUGAAUGAGUGCUGAAUGGGUUUUUAGCAAGACAUUGUGUCUUCAGUUGUUAGAAAACCAAAUGUCUAUUAUUUUGAAUGCGUUUUGGUCAUUUGUAACCAUUUAUUUUCAUUUAUUUUGAAUACAAUUACCAUGUUGUUUGCUCUUAUUUUGGUUAUUAUUACUAUUAUCUUCAGGGUUAACACCAAAUUAAGAGAAAAGUGGGGGAGAUUGCGAUUUAUGUCUCCAAAUGUUUCUUGGAAAUGUUGCGUCAAAGGUGUGUCUUUUUCUGUUGAAGCUAAGCAAUCAUUUAUUGCUCUUUAAUUUCUUGGUUUUUAUUUUUUGGUAACGUGUUCCCCCAGAGCUGUUACUAGAGCUCUGUUUUGCUGUACGGUUUCAAUUAAUUUUUUUUUUUUUUUUAAAUCUCACAAUUUUUUGCUUCUGUUGCACUGGAGGUUUUUAUUAUUAUUAAUUGACAUGAUGGAGUUUGGAACCAUGUAGUUCACCAAAUUCUAUUUGACUUUGAUAGAUGGAUAUAAGAAAUGUUUAAACCUGCUAAUUCUGUUUGAUGCGCCCAUUGACAUGCUGUUCAAGUCAAAAAGAACCAUUUGUUGGCAUAUUUCAACAGCUUGAAAAAUAUUUGGCAAAAAAUAGAUGCUUCGUGCCAACAAAUUUAGACAACCUUACAUGUUCUCUGGUAUAUGAAUACAUGAAAGUUAUAUAAUAUAGAUAAGAUGCAACAUUUUGCUAACUGUAUGGGAUUAAUAUGAUUUAAACUAAAAUAUUUGAUAUGGUAUGUUAAAAAUAAGACUCAACUACAACAGCCAAGCAGGAAUCAUGUAGCUUGUCUUAUGUUUUUUUUUUUUUUUUUACUUUUAUUUUAUUAUAUAAAAAAAGUAUGGGGGGUGCCUUCUUAAUAUAUGGAGCAGAAGUAUCCCCAACCUGUUGUACUGAGACAGCCAUCACAGUUUUAUAGUUUUGAUGCCCCCUUCCCCACUUUUUUUGUUGUUGUUUCCUCAUUUCAAAUGAAAGAAAUGCCAUUAUAUUGUGAAUACCUCAGGAUUUUUUUUCUUUUGGGAAAAAUUUAAAACGUUCAAAAACCUAAAACAAAUAAAAUACAAAAAAAGUG